CCUUGGGCGGCGGUCGGCCUUGCCCAUUGAACGUGCCAGCCUGCUGCAGCAGCCAGGACGUCUGCCGCAGCGUUCGCGUUGCAGCGCUCUCCAUACUCGCUGUGCUGCCACUGUCAGCGCUCACCGUGCCACCUGCAUUUUGCUGUCUGCUGAGGGCCUCAAGUGCAUGAUGCGCGGUCUGCAGGACUUGGGAAACCACCGCCUCCUGAUGAGCGGCAUUGGCUCCGACGCUGAUGCUGUGAGCCAGAGCAGCGACGAGGUCCUGCUCCACCUCGGGGUCCUGAGUUGUCUGGACGGCAGAGAGAAGGCCGGACGCGAUGGUCUCAGGUAUGUUCAUGUCGGCGCUCAGCGCGCCUUCACAGGCCUGCAGCACGCAUGAAGAAGCCGAGCGCCCCACCUGGGGAUCUGCCAAGCACUGUGCAGCCAGUUGCAGCGUGGACAGCAGCAGCGCCUGCGCAU